AUGCCUUUGUCUCUGUUGGACGCGCUGCUCUCUAACAUUGAAGGUAUGACAAAGGUCGUGGAAUCCACCAUCGGAAAGAAGAUACCAGUCGAUUUCGGCCUGAUCGACGACUACAACUUUGGUGUAGAGCAAUACCAAAGUGCCUACGGAUGCUAUGAUACUCCUAGCAGCCCACGAUAUCCUCUUUUGUCCAUGGCUCCCGUGAUGGAUGAGCCUGGAGACCACCUAACCGCAGAGGGCCACCUAACUGCAAUUGAGCCCUUCCAACUUUUUUUUAAGGUAAUUCUAUUUAAGGGGUCAAGUUCCUAG